UGACACUUGAGUAUUUUACUUACUGCAUGCAUGUAAGUAGUAGACAAGCGAUUAUAUAAUUCAACGUUUAGAGUGAAUUAAGUCAAUAUAAAAAUGGGCAAGCACUUUGGGGAACUUGCUAAAAUCCGAGGAUUGAUAACUUACAAGCUAUCGCCCCAUGAACAACGUGCUUACGCUAAUGCUGUUUCUGUUGGAUUGCCCAAUAUAUUCCGCAGAUUCCGCGAAAGCGUCUUCAAGUGGGCCCCACCCUUCAUCAUUGGUUACUUAGUCUACGAGGGAACUGAACGAGAACAUACUCGUCUAGCACGCAAGAAUCCUGCUGAUUUUGAAAAUGAUCAAUAAAUAGAUGUAUUAUUUAAGCAACAAUAUUUCAAUAUUUAUGUUUUAGUUGUUAAUUAAAAGUAUGUAAAAGCACA